ACAAAAAAGAAAGCGGGGGGAGGAAGCGUGCGGAGAUGAACUGAGCUGGAGCGGACUUUGUGAGAAGAGUGCCGAGUCCAGCUGGUCUGGGUUUCUUUGUAAUUGCUGCCAUGGGAAGAUACUUGACUAUGCUGUUGCUGCUGAUGCUGCUGGUGCAGCAUUUUGGAAACUGUGAAGGAAAUCAAAGGCCACAUCAUGCUCCAUCAAUGCAAUUUACACAAGUACAAUAUAAUGCCACUGUGUAUGAGAACUCUGCAGCCAAGACUUACGUUGGGCAUCCAGUGAAAAUGGGCAUUUACAUUACAAAUCCACUGUGGGACUUAAGAUACAAAAUCAUUUCUGGUGACAGUGAGAACUUGUUCAAAGCUGAAGAGUAUGUUCUUGGAAACUUUUGCUUUUUGAGAAUACGGACCAAGGGAGGAAACACAGCUAUCCUUAACAGAGAGGUGAAAGACCAUUAUAUGCUAACCGUUAAAGCAGUUGAAAAAAAUACAAAUGCUGAAACGCGCACGAAGGUCAGGAUACAGGUUCUGGAUAUAAAUGACUUGCGGCCUUUGUUUUCGCCAACAUCUUACAGUGUUUCUUUGCCUGAAAACACAGCAAUAAGGACCAGCAUCGCAAGAGUCAGUGCAACAGAUGCAGAUAUAGGAACAAAUGGAGAGUUCUACUAUAGCUUUAAAGAAAGAACAGAUGUGUUUGCUAUACAUCCAACUAGUGGAGUGGUAGUUCUAACUGGUAGGCUUGACUACUCGGACACUAAGCAUUAUGAGAUGGAAAUUCUUGCAGUGGACCGUGGGCUGAAGCUGUAUGGUAGCAGUGGCAUAAGCAGUAUGGCAAAACUAACUGUUCAUGUAGAGCAAGCGAAUGAACAUGCCCCUGUUAUUACAGCUGUUCCAUUGACUCCAUCAGAAUCAGACACAGAUCCAACGUAUGCAGUUGUAACUGUAGAGGACAAUGACCAGGGUUCAAAUGGGGAAAUAGCAUCAUUAAAUAUUGUUGCAGGAGAUGCACUUCAACAGUUCAAAACAGUGAGGUCUGUUCCAGGUGGCAGAGAAUACAGAAUAAAAGCCAUUGGUCCAGUCGACUGGGAGAGUCACCCUUUUGGAUACAACCUUACCCUGCAAGCUAAAGAUAAAGGGAAUCCCCCACAAUUUUCUUCUGUAAAAGUUGUUCAUGUGACAUCACCACAGUUUAAGUCUGGUCCUGUCAGAUUUGAAAAAGAUAUAUAUAGAGCUGAAGUAAGUGAAUUUGCCCCUCCAAACACACCUGUGAUAAUGGUGAAAGCUGUACCUAGUUACCCACAUUUAAAAUAUGUAUUUAAAAACACACCAGGAAAAGUAAAAUUCAAUUUAAACCCUCACACUGGUCUUAUUACCACGUUAGAACCCAUAAAAGCACAGUAUGCAUCCCAUUUUGAACUUGAAGUUGUGACAAGUGACAGAAGAGCUUCUGCAAAAGUAUUAAUUAAGGUACUGGGCAUGAAUAGCAAUCCUCCUGAAUUUACUCAGACAUCCUAUAAAGCCUCCUUUGAUGAAAAUGUGCCAAUAGGUACAAGUGUCAUGACAGUAAGUGCAAAAGACCCUGAUGAAGGGGAAAAUGGUUAUGUGACCUACAGCAUUGCAAACCUAAAUCCUUUGCCAUUUGUGAUUAACCAUUUCAGUGGGAUUAUUAGUACCUCAGAAGACUUGGAUUAUGAAUUGAUGCCAAGGGUUUACAAUUUAAGGAUUCGAGCCUCUGAUUGGGGUAUACCAUAUCGUCGAGAAGUUGAAGUUCCUGUUACUAUUACUUUAAAUAACUUGAAUGACAAUAUACCUCUGUUUGAGAAAAUAAAUUGUGAGGGAAUAAUCCCCAGGGAUCUUGGUGUUGGAGAACAAAUAACAACUGUAUCUGCUAUUGAUGCUGAUGAGCUCCAGUUGGUAAGAUACCAAAUUGAAUCUGGAAAUGAACUGGAUUUAUUUAGCCUAAACCCAAAUUCUGGAGUCCUUUCUCUCAAACAGUCACUAAUAGAUGGCGUAGGUGCUAAAAUGUCUUUUUACAGUUUGAAAAUUACAGCUACAGAUGGAGAGAACUUUGCAAAACCAUUGUAUAUCAACAUAACUGUAGCUAACAGUCGCAAACCAGUCAACUUGCCAUGUGAAGAAACUGGUGUUGCCAAAAUGCUUGCAGAGAAACUCUUACAAGCAAAUAAGUUGCACAAUCGUGGAGAAGUUGAGGAUGUUUUCUUUGAUACUCACUCUAUGAAUCUGCAUGCACCUCAGUUUAGAAGUACUCUCCCCAGUAGCAUUGAGAUAAAAGAAGACCAACCUGUGGGCUCCAGCGUAAUAUCCAUGAAUGCUACUGAUGUUGAUACUGGCUUCAAUGGAAAGCUGGUGUAUGUUAUUUCUGCAGGUAAUGAAGACAGUAGUUUCAUUGUUGAUAUGGAAAGUGGAGUGCUGAAAAUUUUAUCUCCCCUUGACCGAGAACUAAAAGAUAAAUAUACCCUCAAUAUCACUGUCUAUGAUCUUGGAAUACCACAGAAGUCUGCCUGGGCCCUUUUAGAUAUAAAAAUUUUGGAUGCUAAUGACAACCCACCAGAGUUCCUCCAGGACAGUUAUUUUGUUGAAGUAAGUGAAAACAAAGAGCCCAACAGUGAAAUAAUUCAAAUUGGAGCUACUGAUAAAGAUUUGGGGGCUAAUGGAGAAGUCAAAUACUCUCUUCUUACAGAUACAGACAAGUUUACUAUUAAUUCUGUGACAGGAGUUGUGAAAGUUGUAGGGGUCCUGGAUCGGGAGGAACAGCAUGUCUAUUUGUUGAAAAUUGAGGCUAGGGACCAACCUACUGAAGAGCCUCAAUUAUUUUCAAUGGUUAUUUUGAAAGUGGCUGUAGAAGAUGUCAAUGACAAUCCUCCCAAGUUUAUUCCUUCUAAUUAUCAUGUGAAAAUUCGAGAAGAUCUUCCUGAGGGAACUAUUAUUACGUGGUUAGAAGCCUAUGAUCCUGAUUUAGGCCAGUCAAGUCAAGUGCGGUACAGUCUUUUGGACAGUGGAGAUGGCACCUUUGACGUUGACAAACUAAGUGGAGCAAUACGUAUCGUACAAAGACUAGAUUAUGAAAAGAAACAGCUUUAUAACUUGACUGUGCGGGCCAAGGACAAAGGAAAACCCAUUUCAUUGUCCUCUACGUGUUACGUUGAGGUUGAGAUAGUUGAUGUGAAUGAAAACUUGCACCCCCCACGGUUCUCCAUAUUCGUAGAUAAAGGCUUUAUAAAAGAAGAUGCUCCUGUUGGCUCCUCAGUAAUGACAGUAUCUGCUUAUGAUGAAGAUGCGGGACGAGAUGGGGAGAUCAGAUAUUCCAUCAGAGAUGGAUCGGGUAUAGGAGUUUUUCGAAUAGACGAAGAAAAAGGUGUUAUUGAGACUGCAGAUCACCUGGAUCGUGAGACUACUUCACAUUACUGGCUUACUGUUUAUGCAACAGACCAGGGCAUUGUGCCUUUAUCAUCUUUCAUUGAAAUCUACAUAGAAGUUGGGGAUGUUAAUGAUAAUGCUCCUCAGACCACAGAACCAGUUUAUUACCCAGAGGUCAUGGAAAACUCGCCUAAAGAUGUAUCUGUCGUUCAGAUUGAGGCAUUUGAUCCAGAUUCGAGCUCAAGUGAAAAAUUAACCUACAAGAUAACAAGUGGAAAUCCGCAGGGAUUCUUCUCAAUAAACCCCAAAACUGGGCUAAUUACAACCACAUCCAGAAAACUAGAUCGAGAGCAGCAGGGAGAGCACAUACUGGAGGUAACAGUAACAGACAACGGUACUCCUGCAAAAUCAACAGUUGCAUGGGUGAUUGUGAAGGUCUUAGAUGAGAAUGAUAACAAGCCUCAAUUCUUGCAAAAAUUCUACAAAAUUCGGCUUCCAGAGCGUGGUAAGCCAGAGCGAGAGAGAACUGCUAGGAGAGAGCCAAUCUAUCGAGUUAUUGCUGCAGAUAAAGAUGAAGGCCCCAAUGCAGAGAUCUCCUACAGCAUUGAAGAUGGUGAUGAACAUGGCAAAUUCUUUAUUGAACCAAAAACUGGAGUGGUUUCAUCAAAGAAAUUUUCUGCAGCAAGGGACUACGAUAUCCUUUCAAUUAAAGCUGUAGAUAAUGGUCGUCCACAAAAAUCUUCAACUACACGGCUUUACAUAGAAUGGAUUCCAAAGCCCGUCCCACCCACAGAGCCUAUUUAUUUUGAGGAAUCAUUUUUUUCUUUUACGGUGAUGGAAAGUGACCCGGUUGCUCACAUGAUUGGUGUAAUAGCUGUUGAACCUCUUGGAACACCACUUUGGUUUGACAUAACGGGAGACAAGCUUGCUAGUGAAGUAUUUUACAUCUUACAGAUGGCUUGUGACCUGAACUGUACAGCAGAAGGUGGCAACUAUGACAGUCGAUUUGAUGUGGACAAGGGCACAGGAACUAUCAUUGUUGCAAGACCUCUUGAUGCAGAACAGAAAUCAAAUUACAACUUGACAGUAGAAGCAACAGAUGGAACCAGAUCUAUCAGCACUCAGGUGUACAUCAAAGUUAUAGACACAAAUAAUCACAGGCCUCAGUUUUCUGCUUCAAGAUAUGAAGUUGUUAUACCUGAGGAUACCUUACCAGAGACAGAAAUUCUGCAAGUCAGUGCCACAGACAGAGAUGAGAAGAAUAAACUGAUUUAUACUAUUCAGGGCAGCACUGAUCCCAUCAGUCUUAAAAAAUUUCGUCUGGACCCUGCAACUGGCUCCCUUUAUACUUCAGAAAAACUGGAUCAUGAGACCAUGAACCAGCAUAUUCUCACAAUAAUGGUUCGAGAUCAGUAUGUUCCUGUAAAGCGCAACUAUGCCAGAAUCGUCAUUAAUGUCAGUGACACAAACGAUCAUGCUCCGUGGUUCACCAGCCCUUCCUAUGAAGGACGAGUGUAUGAGUCAGCAGCUGUUGGAUCAGCAGUACUUCAGGUUACAGCAUUAGAUAAGGACAAAGGAAAAAAUGCAGAAAUUAUGUACUCUAUUGAAUCAGGGAAUAUUGGAAAUUCCUUCCUUAUUGAUCCCAUUUUGGGUAUGAUUAAAAUUGCAAAGGAAUUAGAUCGUAGUAACCAGGAAGAAUAUAACCUGAUGGUAAAAGCUACAGAUAAAGGACAUCCUCCAAUGAGUGAAGUGACCUCUGUGCACAUAUUUGUUACGGUUUCUGAUAAUGCCUCACCAAAAUUCACAGCCAAGGAAUAUUCUGCAGAAAUCAGUGAAAGUGCCAGCAUUGGCAGUUUUGUUGGAAUGGUUGCAGCAUACAGUCAGUCUUCUGUAGUUUAUGAAAUAAAAGAUGGUAAUACAGAUGGCGCCUUUGCUAUCAACCCGAACUCAGGUGUCAUCGUUACUCAGAAGAUACUUGAUUUUGAAACUUUGCCUUUUUAUAUUCUAACUGUACAAGGAACAAACAUGGCUGGCUUGUCCAGUAAUGCAACAGUUUUGGUACAUCUUCGGGAUGAGAAUGACAAUGUACCAAUUUUUAUGCAGGCUGAAUAUACAGGACUCAUCAGUGAAUCAGCUUCAAUUAACAGUGUGGUUCUGACUGACAAGAAUAUCCCAUUAGUAAUUCGAGCUACAGAUGCUGAUAAAGAAUCUAAUGCUUUGCUUGUUUAUCAAAUUGUUGAACCAUCUGUCCGCCAGUAUUUUGCCAUUGAUUCUAGCACUGGUGCCAUUCGGACAGUAAUGAGUUUGGACUACGAGGAGACAAAUAUUUUCCACUUUUCAGUGCAAGUACAUGAUACGGGGAUACCACGUCUAUAUGCAGAAUAUGCAGCUAAUGUUACUAUUUAUGUGAUUGACAUCAAUGAUUGCCCUCCUGUGUUUUCAAGAGAGCUAUAUGAGACAUCCAUUCUGGUUCCAACUUAUAAAGGCGUGAAAGUCAUCAGCGUAAAUGCCACUGAUGCAGAUUCAGGCAUUUUUUCCCAAUUAAUUUAUUCUAUUAUUGAAGGCAACAUUGGAGAAAAAUUUUCAAUAAACCCUAAGACUGGAGAUAUAACAGUACAAAACACAACUCAGUUAAGAAGUAGAUAUGAAUUAACAGUGAGAGCAUCUGAUGGCAGAUUUGCAAGCACUGCAUCUGUAAAAAUUAAUGUGAAGGAAAGCAAAACAAGCCAGCUGAAGUUCACACAGAGUUCUUACUCUGCAACAGUGCAGGAGAAUUCCACAGAGGCAAAAACAAUAGCUGUUGUUACUGCUAUAGGGAAUCAAAUAAAUAAGCCUUUGUUUUACCAUAUUCUAAAUCCAGACAGCAAAUUUAAAAUAAGCCAAACUUCAGGAGUCCUCUCAACAACGGGAAUACCAUUUGAUCGUGAACAGCAAGAAUCUUUUGAUGUGGUCGUAGAAGUGACAGAGGAAAAUAAACCAUCAGUUGUUGCACACAUUGUAGUUAAAGUCACAGUGGAAGAUGUAAAUGAUAACGCUCCAUUUUUUGUCAAUCUUCCAUAUUAUGCUGUUGUUAAAGUAGACUCUGAAGCAGGUCAUGUUAUUCAGCGUGUGACAGCAGUAGAUAAAGAUACGGGCAAAAACGGAGAGGUGCAUUACUAUCUCAAAGAACAUAAUGAACAUUUCCAAAUUGAUCCCACUGGUGAAAUCUCCCUGAAGAAGAAGUUCGAACCAGACACACUAAAUAAGGAGUAUCUGAUCACAGUAGUGGCAAAAGAUGGAGGAGAUCCUGCAUUUUCAGCUGAAGUUACAGUCCCAGUUUCAGUUAUGAGUAAAGCUAUGCCAGUGUUCGAAAAGCCUUUCUACAGUGCAGAGAUACCAGAAAACAUUCAGCUUCAUAGUCCUGUGGUACAUGUACAAGCAAACAGCCCUGAAGGACUCAAGGUGUUUUACAGCAUCACAGGUGGAGAUCCUUUCAGUCAGUUCACUAUCAACUUCAACACUGGAGUUAUAAAUGUUGUUGCCCCUCUUGACUUUGAGUCUCACCCAGCCUAUAAACUGAGUGUUCGAGCAACUGACUCCCUAAAUGGGGCACAUGCUGAUGUGUUUGUAGACAUAAUAGUGGAAGACAUCAAUGAUAAUCCUCCUGUAUUUACAGAGCAGUCUUACAUUGCAACACUUUCUGAAGCAUCUGUCAUUGGAACAUCUGUUGCACAAGUGAGCGCUACAGAUGCUGAUUCUGGAACCAACAGGGGAAUUUCCUAUCACUUGGUUGAGGAUAAUAGUGAAAGUCAUGACUACUUUCACAUAGAUAGCAGCACUGGGCUCAUUCUUACAGCAAGAACUUUGGACUAUGAACAAAUUAAACAACACAAGUUACUAAUAAGGGCCAUAGAUGGUGGCAUGCUGCCCUUGAGCAGUGAUACCAUUGUAACUGUUGAUGUAACUGAUCUCAAUGAUAACCCCCCUCUUUUUAGCCAAUUGCUUUAUGAAGCUAAAAUUAGUGAACUGGCUCCUCGAGGACAUUUUGUGACACGUGUGCAAGCUUCAGAUGCAGAUAGUUCAGAUGUUGACAAGCUGGAGUACUCCAUUCUGACAGGCAAUGAUCAGAAGAAUUUUGUGAUUAACAGUAAAACUGGUAUUAUCACCAUCUCAAACCUACGCAGGCAGACACUGAAGUCACAUUAUAAUCUUAACGUGUCGGUUUCUGAUGGGGUCUUCAGAAGCUCAGCCCAAGUCCAUAUAACUGUAAUCAGUGCCAAUAUGCAUAGUCCUGUUUUCAGCCAGAAUAAGUAUGAGGUUGAACUAGCUGAAAAUGCUCCAUUGCAUACUUUGGUGACAGAAGUUAAAGCAACAGAUGAAGACUCUGGUACAUAUGGCCACAUCACUUACCACAUUGUGAAUGACUUUGCCAAAGACAGAUUUUAUACAAAUGAGAGAGGGCAGAUAUUUACCUCUGAAAAGCUUGACCGUGAAACACAAGCAGAAAAAGUAAUUGCCAUUAAUUUAAUGGCCAAAGAUUCAGGAGGGAAAGUUGCUUUCUGUACUUUUAAUGUAAUACUUACAGAUGACAAUGAUAAUGCUCCUCAAUUCCGAGCAACAGAGUAUGAAGUAAAUAUUGGGUCUGAUGUUCCACGGGGUACUUCUGUUGUUAAAAUCUGGGCAUCUGAUGCUGAUGAAGGUACAAAUGCAGACAUCACAUACGCUAUUGAAGCAGAGUCUGAAAAUGUAGAAGAGAACUUAGAAAUUGAUUCAUUGUCUGGUAUAAUUACAACAAAAGAAAGCUUAAUUGGUUUGGAAAAUGAGUUUCUUACUUUCCUUGUUAGAGCAAUUGAUGGUGGAUCGCCCCAAAAAGAGUCAGUUGUUCCUGUCUAUGCUAGAAUACUCCCACCUGAAGUGCUUCCUCCAAAAUUUUCAGAACCAUUUUAUUCUUACACGGUUUCUGAGGACAUUCCAAUUGGAACUGUGAUAGAUGUUAUCAAAGCAGAGCAUAAUCAGACUUUGGUAUAUAGUCUGAUUAAAGGGAACACUCCUGAAAGCAACAGAGAUGACUUUUUUGUGAUUGACCGACAGACUGGAGAGUUGAAACUUGAGAAGAAUCUUGAUCAUGAAACAACUAAGUGGUACCAGUUCUCUGUUCGAGCACAGUUUGCAAAUGAAGAUUAUAAUGUUGUUUCCUCAGUAGAGGUAAGCAUUCAAGUAAAAGAUGCAAAUGAUAACAAACCCAUUUUGGAGUCCAACCCAUAUGAAGCAUUCAUCGUAGAAAACACACCAGCUGGAACAAGAGUCAUACAGGUUAAAGGAACUGACUUAGAUUCAGGGCUCAAUGGGCAGGUUACUUACAGCUUGGAUCCUUCUCAAGAGCUAGACAUAAUAGAGUCUUUUGCCAUAAACAUGGAAAAUGGCUGGAUUACCACUCUCAACGAACUCGAUCAUGAGAAACGAGACAAAUACAAAAUCACAGUGAUUGCAUCUGACCGGGGUGAAAAAAUUCAACUGUCUUCUAUGGCUGUGGUUGAAGUUACUGUCACAGAUGUGAAUGACAAUCCUCCACGGUUUACUGCAGAGAUAUAUAAAGGAACAGUCAGUGAGGAUGACCCUCCUGGUGGGGUAAUUGCUAUCCUGAGUACAACGGAUGCUGAUACAGAAGAAACCAAUAGACAAGUCUUUUAUUACAUUACAGGAGGUGAUCCUUUGGGACAGUUUGCUAUUGAAAAUAUACAGAAUGAAUGGAAGGUCUAUGUCAAAAAGCCUCUGGACAGGGAAGAAAAGGAUCAUUAUCUUCUAAAUAUUACAGCUACUGAUGGGACCUUUGCAGCUAAAGCUGUGGUGGAGGUUAAAGUCCUUGAUGCUAAUGAUAAUAGCCCUGUUUGUGAAAAGACUUUAUAUGCUGAUUCCGUUCCUGAAGAUGCCCUUCCUGGCAAACUGAUAAUGCAGGUGUCUGCUACAGAUGCAGAUAUUCGUUCCAAUGCAGAAAUUACUUACACACUGCAUGGCACAGGAGCAGAAAAAUUCAGACUCACUCCAGACACAGGUGAACUGAAAACAUUAAUGGCACUUGAUCGUGAGCAGCAAGCAGUUUAUCAUCUGCUAGUGAAAGCCACAGAUGGAGGAGGAAGAUUCUGCCAAGCUAACAUUAUCCUGACUCUAGAAGAUGUGAAUGAUAAUGCCCCAGAGUUCACAACGGAUACUUACUCCAUUACAGUAUUUGAAAACACAGAGCCUAAAACCCUUUUGACAAGAGUGCAGGCAACAGACGCAGAUGCAGGCUUGAACCGCAAAAUCCAUUAUUCACUGGUGAACUCUGCAGAGGGGCAGUUCUCUAUUGAUGAAUUCUCUGGAAUCAUUCAUUUGGAGAAGUCUUUGGAUCGGGAAUUACAGGCUGUGUACAUGUUAACUUUGAAGGCUACAGAUGAAGGUUUACCUAGAAGACUGUCUUCAACAAGUAGUCUUAUAAUUUCUGUUUUGGAUAUUAAUGAUAAUCCACCCGUAUUUGAGCAUAGAGAGUAUAGUGCAAGUGUAUCAGAGGACAUUUUGGUUGGAACUGAAGUUCUCCAGAUCUAUGCUGCAAGCAGAGACAUUGAAGCCAAUGCUGAAAUCACAUACUCAAUAGUCAGUGGGAAUGAACACGGAAAAUUCAGCAUCAAUUCAACAACAGGAGCCAUUUUUAUCAUUGAGAGUUUGGAUUAUGAAAGUUCUCACGAGUACUACUUGACAGUGGAAGCCACAGAUGGAGGCACACCUUCAUUAAGUGAUGUUGUAACAGUGAAUAUUAAUGUCACGGAUAUCAAUGACAAUUCUCCAGUGUUUAGCCAAGACACUUACACUGCAGUAAUCAGUGAAGAUGCUAUGCUUGAACAAUCAGUUAUUACAGUUAUGGCAGAUGAUGCUGAUGGACCUUCCAACAACCGCAUUCACUACACAAUUACAGAUGGCAAUCAAGGAAAUCCUUUUACAAUUGACCCUACCAGGGGUGAAAUAAAAGUGACUAAGCUUCUAGACAGAGAAAAGAUUUCAGGAUAUACCUUGACAGUUCAAGCUUCAGAUAAUGGAAACCCACCUAAGUUUAACACAACUACAGUUAACAUUGAUGUUUCUGAUGUAAAUGAUAAUCCUCCAGUGUUCUCAAAAGGAAACUAUAGUGUUAUCAUCCAGGAAAAUAAGCCUAUUGGAAUUAGUGUGCUGCAGCUAGUGGUGACAGACAAGGAUUCUUCUCACAACGGCCCUCCUUUUCUCUUCACCAUCCUGAGUGGAAACGAAGAGAGCACUUUUCAGAUUACCCAGCAGGGAGUUCUGACCACAAGUGCUGCACUGAAUCGCAAAGUGAGAGAUCACUAUUUGCUUCAUGUUAAGGUGGCAGAUAAUGGAAAACCACCGUUGUCAUCUUUGACUUACAUUGAUAUUAGAGUUAUUGAGGAAAGCAUUUAUUCUCCAGCAAUACUGCCUCUGGAAAUCUUUAUCACAGCCUUUGGGGAAGAAUAUUCAGGUGGUGUCAUUGGAAAAAUUCAUGCAACCGAUCAAGAUGUUUAUGAUACCUUGACAUACAGUCUGGACCCCAAAAUGGAAUCCUUGUUCUCCGUUUCCAGUACUGGUGGCAAACUAAUAGCACAUAAAAGGUUAGAUGUAGGACAGUACCUCCUAAAUGUCACUGUUACAGAUGGAAAAUUUACAACUGCAGCUGAUAUUACUGUACACAUCAGACAAAUCACACAAGAUGUAUUAAAUCACAGUAUCGCAAUACGCUUUGCAAACCUGUCCCCUGAAGAAUUCAUUGGUGAUUACUGGCGCAAUUUCCAGAGAGCAUUAAGAAACAUCUUGGGCGUGAGGAGAAAUGACAUCCAGAUUGUUAGUUUGCAGCCUUCUGAUCCUCCUUCUAAUCUGGAUGUCCUCCUGAAUAUUGAAAAGUCUGGUAGCUCUCACCACCCAAUGAGAAUUUUGCUCCACAAGAUAAACUCUUCUGUGCCUGACCUGGAGGAGAUUUUGGGUGUCCGGAUAAUUGAUGUGUUUCAUAAGCUCUGCGCAGGCCUAGAUUGUCCUUUGAAAUUUUGUGAAGAAAAAGUAACAGUGGAUGAGAACAUCAUGUCAACCCACAGCACAGCCAGGUUGAGUUUUGUCACUCCCCGUCAUCACAGAACAGCAGUUUGUCUUUGUGAAGAAGGGAAAUGCCCCCUGGUGAACAGUGUGUGUGAAGGAAACCCAUGUCCUGAAGGUACUGAAUGUUUAGGAGAUCCAAAGGAAGGAAAAUACACCUGUGUUUGCCCAGACAGCAAAGCUGGACAAUGUCCCGCAUCAGCUGGCUCUGCUGUGACAUUUACUGGGAGCAGCUAUGUGAAAUAUCGUCUCAUGGAAAAUGAGAACAAAGAGGAAAUGAAGCUGACAAUGAGACUUAGAACUUACUCUGCUCAUGCAGUUGUUAUGUAUGCUCGAGGAACAGACUACAGUAUCUUAGAGAUCCAUCAUGGAAGACUGCAGUAUAAAUUUGAUUGUGGCAGUGGACCUGGGAUUGUCUCUGUUCAGAGCACUCAGAUAAAUGAUGGCCAGUGGCAUUCCGUAUCUCUUGAAGUGGAUGGAAACUAUGCACGACUUGUUCUGGACAGGGUACAUACUGCAUCUGGUACUGCUCCUGGUACUCUUAGAACACUAAAUCUAGACAAUCAUGUGUUUUUUGGUGGUCAUAUUCGUCAGCAAGGUACAAGACAUGGUAGAAGUCCUCAGGUUAGCAAUGGUUUCAGAGGCUGUAUGGAUUCUAUUGUACUAAAUGGACAAGAGCUGCCCCUAAACAGCAAGCCACGAAAUUAUGCACACAUGGAAGAAUCUGUAGAUGUCACUCCUGGAUGCUUACUGACUGCCACAGAUGGCUGUUCAAGCAGCCCGUGUCAGAAUGGAGGCAUCUGCAAUGCACUGUCAAAUGGAGGCUACUACUGCAAGUGUGCACCUUUGUUUAUGGGAACUCACUGCGAUGUAAGUGUCAACCCAUGUGCUUCCAACCCCUGCCUUUAUGGUGGGACUUGCAUUCCAGUCAGUGAUGAUUUUAUCUGCCAGUGCCGAGGACAAUACACAGGUCAAAGAUGCCAGCUGGGUCCAUAUUGCAAAGACAAUCCUUGCAAAAACAGUGGCAAGUGUAUUGACAGUUUGGAUGGACCUGUUUGUGAGUGCGAAGCAGGCUUUCAUGGAGAAAGGUGCCUGACUGAUGUCGAUGAAUGCAUAGAAAACCCAUGUCUCAAUGGUGCCCUUUGUGAGAAUACUUACGGUUCAUAUCACUGCAACUGUAGUCGUGGAUUUGGAGGCAAACACUGCACAGACAUUGUUCUUAAUAAAUAUGUUUCAACAUCUUGGAACAUUAGCUUAGCUGAAGUGAUUGGGAUUAUUGUUUUCAUCGCAGGAAUCUUCUUGCUAGUUGUGAUUUUUGUCGUUUGCCGCAAAGUGGUUGGUAGAAAGAAGAAGCACCAGCAAGAACCUGAAGACAAGCAGCUGGGAGCUACAACAGCCUUCUUGCAAAGACCAUAUUUUGAUGCAAAAUUGAAUAAGAACAUUUAUUCUGACAUCCCACCACAGGUUCCUGUUCGUCCCAUUUCAUACACUCCAAGCAUUCCAAGUGACUCCAGGAACAAUCUUGACAGGAAUUCUUUCGAAGGGUCUGCUAUCCCUGAGCACCCCGAGUUUAGUACUUUUAACCCAGAUUCUGUACAUGGCCACCGGAAAGCUGUAGCUGUUUGCAGUGUUGCACCAAAUUUGCCACCUCCACCUCCCUCCAACUCACCUUCAGACAGUGAUUCAAUACAGAAACCCAGCUGGGAUUUUGACUAUGACACUAAAGUAGUAGAUCUUGACCCCUGCCUUUCUAAGAAGCCUCUGGAUGAAAAGAACUCCCAUCCUUACAGUGCUAGAGAAAGCAUGUCUGAGGUCCAGUCUCUCAGCUCCUUCCAGUCUGAAUCAUGUGAUGACAAUGCUUCCAUAGUGACUGUAAUACACCUUGUCAAUGCUGUUGUUGACUCGGUGGAAAAAGAAGAAUCUUUUGCUGUUCCUGACCUCAGCAAUUCAAGAGGUUAUCACUGGGAUACAUCAGAUUGGAUGCCAAGUGUUCAGUUGCCAGGUAUCCAAGAGUAUCCAAAUUACGAAGUGGUUGAGGAGUCAGCUCCCCUCUACACAGAUCCAAAUGCCAUCGAUACAGACUAUUACCCUGGUGGUUAUGACAUAGAAAGUGAUUUUCCACCUCCACCUGAUGACUUCCCUGCACCUGAUGAGCUUCCACCGUUACCACCUGAAUACAGCGACCAGUUUGAGUCAAUACAGCCACCCAGAGACAUGCCAGCCGUAGGUAGUUUGGGUUCUUCUACAAGGAGCAGGCAGAGAUUUAACCUUAAUCAGUACCUUCCCCAUCACUACCCUGCAGACAUGUCAGAACCUCAGACUACACCCAGUGGUGGCAGCAGCAGCUACAGAGAACCGUACGCUCCAUACUCACUGGGGUUCAAUCAAGACUUUGAAGCACCCACUGUAGACAACAUGUCCAUGUCUGUGUAUGCUUCCACAGCCUCCUGCUCAGAUGUGUCAGCAUGCUGUGAAAUGGAGUCUGAAGUCAUGAUGAGUGACUAUGAGAGUGGAGACGAUGGUCACUUUGAAGAUGUGAAAAUUCCUCCACUUGAUUCCCAGCAACAUACAGAAGUCUGACACACUCAACAAAAGUGCCUGGACUCUAACAAACUUUAUCAAAUCUAGAACAAUUUUCAAGAGCUUUUUUAUUUUUUCUUCUUUUUUUUUCCAGCCACAGUGAAUGCUUUUGUUUCAGUGAGCUAAACUGGCAUGGCAGCAUUGGAUCAUGCAGUUCAUUUCACUAGAUGAACCUCUUUCCAUUUCCUGACCUACUAUAUUUGGAAAGUUCCAAGAUUUCCAUUGGCUGUGCCAUUUCUGAACAUCUUUUAUGUACUUACAUUGUUCUGUGUUUAAGAAAAAUCACAUACCACUUUUCCAUGUUAGCAUGAUGCAUAUAUUUAUAUAGUUCUAAUGCAAUUAAUUUUCUCCUACUUUUUGUAAAUUUUGUGUACAGUUUUGAUUUUAAUAGUUUUAACUAGAUUUUGUAGAUAUUUUGUGAAUUUGUUUUCCACUGAAACUAGUGGUGUUAGUGUGCCAUUAAAAAUGAGCACCCUGACUUACUACAGUCAGGGCAUCACUGUAUGUAUUCCCCUGAAAACUAAGGUUUGACAUUUCAUUGUAAAACAUUCAACGUAUUUACAAAAUUUCAAUUUUACAUACAUUAGGUCUGAUAUUUUUCUGGGUCAGCUAUAUGGAAAUGUCUUAAAUGGGUUGCUGUAUUUUAGAACUGUAAACAUUUUUUUUCCCUUCUUGGAAAGUGUGUUGGGGACCCUCUGCAUACCAGUUUAGAACCAAAACCACCGUGACACAGUUUUUAUAGUGUCUGUAUAUUUGUGAUCCAAUGGUCUUGUAAAGGUUUUUACUGAAAAUUACCAUUAGCCAGUCUUUCUUACUGACAAUAAAUUAUUAAUAAAAUACUUUAGCUUUGCUCUGUGUAUCUCUAUUAUAUAAUAUACCAUUGACAAAGCAUUCAGUGCAGCAUUUUUUAAGUCUGUAUAUGUUUUGUACUGUAUUAAGUUACUUGCUCCAAGCAACUCGUUUUCCUCUCCUCCAAAAUCAGCCUGCAGCUGUGUUAGAGAUGCUCACGAGAUGGCAGUGUGUGUCUGCUUAAUGGUGUUUUUAAAAGUAAUCGGGCCAGUCUGAAUAAAGAUUGAUGGGUAUCAAACUGCA